CUUGAUGUUCAAGACUUGUUUGGAGAAAGUCGCAGCUUGCAAAGCUCCGCUUGAUGUCACUCCUUUUGGAGAUGUGAACAUUUUUCUUGUGACAUUGUAUUUUCCAGUGUGCCAAAUAAACGUGCAAGACAACGGGCUUGAAGUUGAGGCCUUUUGCCAUGGCCAUGGCCAUGGGUUUAGCGAAGUGGUAACGGUGGGGAUUCCCAACACUGAGCCUGAGCAGAGUUACAAUGAAUAAUUAUUUGCUCAGGGCCGUGACAGCUUGGUCGUGUUGCUCCGGGGUUGCUGUCCGGAGGUGUUGUAAUUCGAUCAGAGCAGGACCAGUGAAAGGCACCUGCAACCUGCCGCUACGUCUUGUGCAGUUUCGCAAUCAAGAUGAUACGGGACGGGCCAGAGUAGGUGCUCAGGUAGUCGCUAGCGACCCUCGGCCAGGUCAGGAUGAGAGUACGGCUGGUGCCAGCAGUACUAGCAGUAGUGGCGAGAUGGUGGACAUAACUGCGGCAAUACCCGGUAUUGGUGGAGACAUGAAGCAGCUCCUGGAAAGUGGAGAUGUAGGAAUGAGAGCAGUCAAACAGGCAAUAGAGUCAGGAAAACACCGACUGGAUUCUAGAAACGUGCGCCUGUGUGCUCCUAUUCUGAAUCCGGACAAGAUCAUCUGCGUGGGCCUGAACUACCACGACCAUUGCCGUGAACUCAACUAUCCAGUACCGACGGAGCCAGCCAUCUUUAGCAAGCUGUUCAAUGCUCUUGCCGGACCAUUGGACGACAUUGUCAUGCCAGAUGAGACGAAAGAACUGGACUUUGAAGCGGAGCUGGCGGUUGUAAUCGGCCAGAAAGGCCACAAAAUUCCUUUGUCGGAGGCUAUGUCACAUGUUGCUGGGUACACUGUUGCACAUGAUGUGUCGGCUCGCGACUGGCAGCUCAAGAAAAAUUCGGGACAAUGGCUCCUGGGGAAGACAUUUGAUGGCUUCUGCCCAAUCGGACCGGCAAUAGUCACGCCACAGGCCAUUUCAGAUCCUCAUAACCUUGGUAUUCGGUGCCGAGUGAAUGGUGUCACUCUACAGAGCAGCAGUACCAGUCAGCUUGUCCACAAGAUAGACGCCAUCAUUUCCUUCAUUUCCAGGUUUGUGACAUUGGUACCGGGUGAUCUCAUACUGACGGGCACUCCGGCUGGUGUUGGUGUUUCUCGAGUUCCACCUCUCUGGCUACAGAAAGGAGAUGUGGUGGAAUGUGAAGUGGAUGAGAUAGGCACCGUCAGAAACCCAAUCGUGUAGAGGUGCAUGGCUGGGCACCAUCUCUCCGACGUUGUAUCAUUCUUUUAUACCCAUUGAGGCUUUUGUCUUGUAAAGACUAAUUCUUGCUCGUGAUCUGGUUUAGUUCAUCCUCGUUUUAAAAUACUAUUAUGUGGUGCAUGCCUUGAUUUGAGUUUUUUUCUUGACUUGAGUGCUUUAGCAAUGCACACACUAAUUGGGGACAGUGUGUGUUUCUACGCUCCAGUAAGUGACACUUGGCAUAGUGAUUACAAGGAUUCUGUAGUCAUGCAGGUUAUCACCAGGGAGUCGUAUUUUACGACUCCCUGGUUAUCACCUCUACAUUGUUGCGCGGCUAAAUUCUUUUCAGUUCUGCAAGUGUGGUCUGGAAUGUGCGAUAACGCUGUUUUUUACUGGGGAAAGAUACUGCACAUGGCAGUCGCUUUUUCAGCUUUAGCUGCUUUGCCUGCUCAGUGUGUGGCAAUGUGCAGCACCCGAGCUACAUCCUAAUUCCUUGGACACAAUUAAGAACAACAAUCACUCGCCACUGCUGAGUGUCAGGAUAACCUCAGUUAUUAUUUUUACCUGUCAUUACCUUCAUCGACAGAA